CAUGGUAGCCAACAAGCUCCUCACACUGGUGUUUGUGAGGAAGGAGGCUCAGAUUCUACUGGGCUUGAAGAAGAGAGGAUUUGGGGAAGGUCGCUGGAAUGGUUUCGGAGGAAAGGUUGAAAAGGGCGAAACUAUACCUGAAGCUGCAAAAAGAGAGCUGAAGGAAGAAAGUGGACUGACAGCUCACAAACUGGAGCAGAUUGGUGUCCUCAAGUUUGAGUUUGUUGGCAUGCCACAGUGGUUGGAGGUGCAUGUGUUCCACACACGCGGUUAUGAAGGAGAACCCACAGAGACUUCUGAAAUGCGUCCCCAGUGGUACGAUAUCGACUCAAUACCGUACGACAUCAUGUGGCCUGAUGACAAGCUGUGGUUUCCCCUGAUGUUAAAGGGAGCUAAGUUUAAUGGCUACUACCUGUUUGAAGGAAUGGACAUUAUACUGAAAGAAGACUUGAAAGAAGUGCAAUCAUUGGAUGUCUGAUGAAUGGGGUUUUUUUUUAUGUUAGUAUACAUGGACCGAAAAUUUGUUAUCAAGGAUUUUUUAUCCGAGAUUGUAUUCAGGAUUUUAACACCAUAUUUUCUUAUGAUUUUAAUGUCCAUUGAUGAUGUAAAGGCAUGUUUAUGUU